GCGGGAACGGGCAGGCAGGGACCCUUCCCUCCGGCUGAGCGCGCUCGUGCUGCUUCUCCCCGAAAGCGCGCGCAGAGAGGACUCGUCGCUCGUGAGUCAGGCAGACGGGACGACCGCUCAAAGGCCUCUUGGACUGGCCGCCCGUCCCUUUCUCUCUCUCCAGGCUAUCCCUCAUUAAAGGAAAAGAACAUGAAGAGUCCCUUUGUGCUGACAGUGCUGCUGUCCUUACUAGUGGCAAAGUUGUGUCAUGGUUACUGCGUUGAGUCUCAGGAACAACAGCUGCCCAGCAGAAUUGAUGUAAAGAAGAGUUCUGAUCCUUAUAGGCUGCCUCCAUCCUUGCUUCGGCGAUUGUAUGAUGGCCAAGGGAUUUCCUAUGAGGCACUGCUCAGACUGUCAGGCAAAGAAGAAAUUGGUCCCCAGACACUUGCCUCUUCCCAGAAACGAGACAUGCACGACUUCUUUGUCGGACUCAUGGGGAAACGGACUACAGAGCUUGAUCAACCCACAGAAGACAAGGGAAAGCUCACAGAUUUUGGAAACAUAAAGUAUUCAAAAACUGCAGAAUGAGGUGUCAUGCAAGGAUGAGGGACAAACCUCAUGUCUGCAGGACCUCAAGAAAUCAACACCAAGCAGAUGCCAUCCACCAAAGCCCAACAUACUCUCGACCAAACCCUUGGAUGUACCAUGAAGACCUCACCUUGUCCUGUGCCUCCAGCUGCCAUGCCUUUUCUCCUUGACUCUGAUCUUUAUUUCAGCCUGUUCCUCAUUGUAAUCUCUGAUGUUCUGUUUGGAAAUUUUCACUCCCUUCAUUGUGCUUUGCCCCCUGUAUCUAUGUGACAAAUUUGUAGAUUACUCUCCCAUGGCUCAAGCAAAAUGACCACACCUGCCCACCCUUCUGUGUCACAGAUUCAGAACACCUCAAAAUCUUAUACAAUAACAGGGUUUUUCUUUAUGACCUGC